AUGCGUGCGGGGAAUGCUGGUAGUGCUAAGUCUGCCGGUGAAGCAGGGGUUGAUUUGGAGCACAAAGCGGCAGGUGGGAAAGUCGGCAGCCUUGGGGAUGCUGCUGGUGGUAGUGGAGUUGAAGGUGCAGGAGGAGGUGAUGAGAAAGAGCAGCAGGAGAAGCGGAGCAGACCAGCAGAUCUGGGGAAGGAGAAGACGGCGGGAGCAGGGACGGUGAGCGGGGAGGAUAGAGAAGGGGAAGGAGCUGCGAGGGAUGCAGUCAGAGGGGCAGGAGUGCAAGGUGCUGCAGGUGGGGGGGUUUCUAGCCAUGCUGGUAAUGCUGGUAAUGCUGGUAAUGCUGGCGGCAGUGGUGGUGGCGACAGGAGUGUCAGUGGUAGCAGCACUGCAGCAGGUGAUCCAGCCUCUGUCGAGCCUGCUGCUAAGAGGCUCAAAGGGGCCCAUGAUGCAUCCACGCCUCCUCCCUCUCACACUCCACCCUCUUCCGCAUCUGCUGCUGCCGCAGCAGCUUCUGCUCCUGUCACCCGUGGUGGUGCUUCAGGUGAUGCUUCAGGUGCUGCUGGUUCAGGUGUGGUUUCAGGUGGAAAGCCACGUGCGCCCAUGUCGAUGACAGCUGUUCUGGCUGCAGCCAAGUCUCAGGCCGGGGUUGCAUCUGGAUCGGCAAGCAGGACAGGAGGGCAGCCUACUUCAGCAGCAGCAGCUUUGGCGGGAAAAGAAGACACGCCAAAGGAGAAGGUAGGGGAAGGUGUUAGAAUGAGAGAAAAGCUGGGGGAGAGAAGAGAGGUGGGGGGUGCAGGGGGGAAGAGCGUGCGAGACAGGGAGAAGGAGAAGCGUGCUGUGGAGAAGGCAGGGGGAGGCAGAGCAGGGUGCACCGGUCACAACAGUAACAACAGUAGCAGCAGCGGCAACAUCAGCGGCCGGCUUGCUUUGUCCUCUGCUGCUCUGCACUCUCCACAGCUGCUCCCAAUCCUCCCACUGCUCCCUGGCGGGUCUGCCUCGCAGGCAGCGCCACCAACCAAGGAGGAGCUCUCUGCUGUGGUCUCCUCCCUGCCUGCCAGCCACACUGCUGCCGCUGCUGCUGUCGCUGCCGCCGCCGCUGCCGCUGCUGCUGGAAGUACCAGUGGGGUCGGAGCAGCAACCCUCCCGGCCUCCAUGUCUCCCUUCUCCCUCAUGCUGCCACCCAGCUUGGCUCCCCAUUUGGCCUCUCAUGGAAUAGCCGCCGCUGCUGCUGCAGCAGCGGCAGCAGCAGCAGGAGCAGGAGCAGGAGGGCCAGGAGGACCUGGAGGGUCAGUGCUGCUGCCCCCUGGGUUUCCGCACCACAUGAUGCACCUGCCGCACCCAGCAACACCGCAUCCUUACUUCUUCCGCCCGCCCAAUCCCGCUGACCCUGCUGCUGCUGCCGCUGCUGCUUCCGCCGCUGCUGCUGCUUCCCUGUUUGCCUAUGGGCUUGCCCCCGCGCCCUUCCUCCACAUGCCCCCUGCCGCUGCUGCUGCUGCUGUCGCCGCUGCUGCUGCUUCUGCCGCUGCUGCUGCUUCUGGGGGUGGUGGGGGUGCUGGUGGCGGUGCUGGUGGCUUGGUUGGGUCUCUGACAGGAAACUCUAAGGAUGUUGCUGCGGCAGGAAGCGAGGGCGGUAGAGCAGGUGGAGACAGUCGCGAGGGGAAAGGCAUGAGUGGGGAGCGAGGAGGAGGAGGAGGAGGAGGAGGAGGAGGAGGAGGAGGAGGAGGAGGAGGAGGAGGAGGAGGAGGAGGGGGGGAAGGAGCAUCAAGGGGUAUGGGAAGGCAAGCAGGAGCGGGGGGAGCAGGGGCUACAGGCGGUGCAGGGGGAGCAGGGGGAGCAGGGGGGGCAGGAGGAGAAGAAGGGGGAGGAAGGGGAGGAGGAAAGAGGGAAAGUGAGGGUGAUGGUGGUGGGCGUGCGGCUGUGAAGCGGCCAUGUGUGGAUUUGAACGGUGAGGCCAAGGCAGACAGUGAAGAGAGUGGGGAAGCGGCGGAUGGAGAGAAGGUGGGCGCCCUGCCGCUGCAAGCCUGCUCGCUGCCCGUGGAUGCGUCUGGUCUCACCAAGCGAGGUGCGGAGGCCGUGGGAAAGCAGCUUGCAGGUCUCGUGCUGGGAGUGGGGGCUUCGCCCCUCAGAGCUGCUGCUACUGGUGGUGGUGGUGGUGGUGGUUUCGAACGGGAAGAGGGUGGAACGGAAUGGGAGGGAGAAGUAGGGGAUGGGGGAGGGGAAGGAGAACGGGGAAGGGGUCUUGGGGAGACGAAUGAGGGGACGAGAGGUGAGAAGGAACUGGGUGCAGAUGAAGAUGCGGGAGGGGGAGGAGGAGGAGGAGGAGGAGGAGGAGGAGGAGGAGGAGGAGGAGGAGGAGGAGGAGGAGGAGGAGGAGGAGGAGGAGGAGGAGGAGGAGGAGGAGGAGGAGGAGGAGGAGGAGGAGGAGGAGGAGACGGUGGGGGAGGCGGAGGGGGAGGCGGAGGGGGAGGUGGAGGGGGAGGUGGGAGUGGUGGUGCGGAGGGGGGAGAGGGAGAGGGGAGGGGGGAGCAAGAGGCGAUAGUGAGUGUGCCGAUGCGUGCUGUGUUCCGGUACUGCCUGGAGGGGCCGUGGGCACGUGCAGAGUUUCUCAAGGCUGUGGUGGGGCGCGUGGGGCGCGAGGAGAUUGCUCGCAUGGGCAGUAGGGUGGCUGAGAUCACAGGGUGCCGACACCAGGGCGACCAAGUGGGCAUGGCUUGGGCGCUGCUGGGGGAGGAGGCGCGCAUAUGGCAGGCCAUAGCAGGCGGGGCGGGCACGGGCACGGGUGCAUGGGGCAGGGCGUGCCAGCACCUGGAGGCAGCGCUGCUGCAGUCCCUGGGCAGCCUCGCCAGGCGGUUCACUCUCAAGGACAAGGAACACCUGCAGCGAGUGGCAGGGUGCGGGGACACAGUAACGCGGGAGCAGUGGGAGCGCGUGUGGCGGUGGUUCUACCCUCUCGUGCUUGCUCUCUCGCGCCCGCACCUGCGCCCGGCGUGGCUGUCGCUCUCACCCCUGUGGAUCAUGGGCUCUGUCACCAGGGACGAGGCAGAGACUCUGCUGCUGGAGAAAGCGGUGAGAGGGGAAGCGAGUGAGACGGGGAGAGGGGAAACGAUUGAGAUGGGGAGAGGAUGGGAGGAUAAUUGGGGGAGGGGAGGGAGGAGGAGAGUGGAAGGGGGGGGAGUGGGGGGCGUGCUGGGAUUCGGAAGUGGAGGGAGUGGGGAUGAGGAACAGCGGGUGGUUCGUUGGGGCAGUGGUCCAUCCCAGGCGGAGGGCCCAUCGCCCCCCUCCUCUGCCUGGUACCUCGUGCGCUUCCCCUCGCCCGCCACUGCAUGGCCACACCCCGAUGCGGGCUCGCUUGUUGUCAGCUUCACUACCACCCAGGGGGCGAUGCAAGCAGGGGGGGCAGCGGCAGCAGGGGGAGCAGGGAGCGGGGGGGCAGGACCAGCAAGAGGAGCGGAGGCAGGGGUGCGUGUGCAGCACAGGCUGCUGUGCCUGCAUGCUGAUGCUGAUGCGGCUGGCCUAUCACCUGAUGCCACGUGUCCUCCAGACAGGCCCCUCCCACACCUCCUCCAAUCAGAGCCCCAGCUAGGCCAGCUGCUACCUCCCCCACCUGCACCCUCCCCCUGGGCUCUCAGUGAAUGGGAGUCCGCUGCUGCUCUCCCUCCCCCUCCCCACCUCAUCCUCCCCCUCCCCGCUCCCCCCUCCUUAUCUGAGGGGGGGGAUGCUGGCACUGCUGGGGGAGUGCGGGAGAACGUUGGGGGGACGCUUGGGGGAGGGAUGGGAGCUGGGGUGAAGAGAGGAAGGGAGGAGCGGAAGGGUGCGGGGGAAGGAGAGGGUGAAGGAGAGGGGGAAGGGGAUGGGGAUGGAGGGGGGUUUGCUGAGAAGAAAAGGAAAACGAGUGGGGGAGGGGGGAGAGGGAGAGGCAGGCGGAGACGAGGAGGGGAGGAAGAUGGGGCAGGUGGUGUGAAUGGGUAUGGGAGGGGAGAGAGCAGAAGAGGACAUGAGAAGGAGAAUGAGAUGGGGGGAGAGAGUGGAGGAGGAUAUGGACAGGGGAGGAUGGAGGUGGAUGAAGUGGAGGUGGGAAAUGGGACGUUGGGGGAAGAGAGGGAGAGUUAUUUGGGUCAUGUGGAUGGCUCAUCUGUGGCCACCUCCCUGGCAGCUUCAUAUGCCAACUCUGCUGCAGUAGCCCCCUCACACACGUCCCCCGCCCCACCCACGGCCACCCGCAUUCCUGCUUCGCCAGCAACAGCAGCGGCGGCACUCUCUUCUGCCCGCCCUGGCUCAGCUCCGGUUCCUCCUCCCCAUCUCUCUUCCUCUCACCCUGCUCCCUCACACUCCCUCCCGCCCACAGCCCAUCCUCAUGCCUCCUCCACGCGCCCACCCAACAGCAUCCCGCUCCCCGCGCACCACUCCUCGCUCUCCUCCCUCAAAUCCCACCCCCUCCCCUCAUCAUCCUCUUCCACCUCAGCCCAGCAGCACGAGCUGUCCUGGCCCUUAGGUCCUCCCAUUCUCUCCUCCAUCCCUCCCCUGCCACCCUCCCUCCCCAGCCAUACCCUCGCUGCUUCCCUUGCCUCUUCGACCUCUUCUCUAGGCCUGCACCUCGCCUCGCCCUUUCCUCUCAACUCCACCUCUGCCGCAGCGGCAGCAGCUGCGGCUAUGGCUGUUGCUGCUGGCAUGCCUACGCCGCUGCCCCUCUCCAGGCCUCGUCCAACCAUUGCAGGUGCAAGUGGUGCAACCCAUUCUGCCCCUCCACUCGCUGCUUCCAGGACCGCGGCAGCGCCCUCCCUCUCCCCCACCCCUCCCCGCCCAAGCCUCCUGUUCGGGGCCGACAUAAAGUGCCUGGCGCUGGAGGAGCAGCGCAAGAGGCCUUUCCUGAGCAAGGAGCAACUGUGA